AUGAUCAGCCAGUAUGCUUCAAACAAAUCUGGCUGGCUGAACCCCUUCGACGUGGUGCAAACUCUGUACAGCUCACUUACUUCGGCGGUCUUCGGGAAGGAGGCGUCGAGGGAUUACGUCUACGAAGGUAUCGAGAGCUUUUACGACUUGAAUGACACUUCUAGCGAUCUUGAUUCGUGGUUGGAUGAACAGACGGAAAGAGCCUUCAGCGGGAUUUUGGCAAACAUCGGAGGCGUCGGGAUCCAUUCAGGUGAGGUCUCGGAUGGGGCAGUGAUUGCGUCGCCCUCCAAAAGCCACCCGAACUAUUUUUACCAGUGGGUGAGAGAUGCUGCCAUUACAAUUAAUUCGCUUGUUGAGUAUCUUCAGGAUCAUCAGGAUAGUUUGGACUCCCCCCUGUCAAAGCAGCUUAUCUAUGCCAUCGAGUCAUACAUAAGCAACUCAUAUAAACUACAGAGAAUCGACAACCGAUCGGGCACUUGGGAAUCCCUAGAUGGAUUAGGGGAACCAAAGUUUAUGGCCAACUCGGAACCGUUCAAGGAAAAUUGGGGACGGCCCCAAAGAGAUGGACCGGGGCUAAGAGUUAUCACCAUCGCAAACUACAUCGGUUUCUUGGUUGAGAACAACCUGACUGUGACUCAUCCGGAGUUACCGAGCAUCGAGUAUAUCUAUAACGAGAUUCUUAAGCCGGAUCUAACAUACAUUGCAAACAAUUGGAACAAGAAUGGGUUUGACUUGUGGGAGGAAAUUGAUUCGGUCCAUCUAUUCACUUCCUUGACCAUGUUAAAAGCUUUGAAGUCCGGAAUCAAGAUCUCAGGAGACUGUGACGAUUCGGAUUUCAACUCGAAGUUGAGACUCGCAUUCAUAUCUUUAAGAUUUUUCAUUCUGUUUGAGUCAGGGUUCAAGAUUUCCGACAUUCCCUACCUGAUUGAAACACCGUCUUUGUUUUUGCAAGGACAAAGAUGUGGCUUAGACAUCGGAUCCGUACUAGCUACCUUAAGGGCCCAUGACCUGGACGAUCCAACCGACUUCAUAGAUAUACCCUUCUCAAUAGACGAUACUGCCGUCAUAAGCACGCUUUCUGCACUUGUGAAUGAUAUGAGAUAUAGAUACCCAAUCAACACAGAAAAAGGAAAGUUUUCUAAAGGCCUAGCUUUGGGAAGAUACCCUGAAGAUCGAUAUGACGGCUAUGGUAUAAGUGAGGGUAAUCCUUGGUUCAUUUCUACCGCAACAGCCUCUGAAGUUCUGUUCAAGUUGGUCUACUACCUAUAUUUCCAUCACCAAGAUUUAGUCAUAACAAAAGAUCAGUACGUAUUUUAUGCAAGUUUUACAGAUUUUGACAUCACGACAGAAGCUAAAGAGGUUGUUCUUCCCUUUAACUCUCACGCCUUUGUUGAGACGACUUUAUCUCUGAUGAAGUAUGCUGAUUCGUUCCUAGAAGUCAUCAAGCAACAUGUUGAUGAACAUGGUAAUAUGAGCGAACAGUUCAAUAAGUACACCGGAUACAUGGAAGGUGCCGAAAACUUGACUUGGAGUUACGGCUCAUUUUGGAGUGCAAUGAGAUGGAGAAAGAGAGCCUCAGACGCAGUAGUCAGCUAUGCUUGA